UGGCAGGCUCGCAUAGCUAAAGCCUUCAAGUCCUAUUAUCGGAGAGGGACUUUUUCCAUUAUUUAUCCUAUUUCCGAUCGGACCUUGCCCUUGCCAAUUCCUUUUCUAUCCCUAUAUUAGAAUUAGCCCGACUUGCCAUUAGAGUGUUCUUUCAGACGUUGAGAGGAAGGGACCCGCGGACACACCAUCAGAGCUAGAUUUAGCUUAGGAUCGGUCAAUUGCCCCAACCCCAUCAUCGAAUGAGGUUAAGUGCGCCUUUCGGAGACUUUGAUAAAGAAUCCCUUCCUUCGGCGAACGGCUAGACACUUCUAUAGUGGGAUCUCUUGAACCGGCUAUAUUUUGGUAACGAUGAAAAAAGUAAAAAAUAAAGAGUUCACCUGCGACGAAUGAAAACCCUCUCCUCUUCCACCUGCUAGGAAACUUCAAGCUUUAGCUGUACCAAUCCUCUUAAUCCGCCAUUAUACUUGAAAAAUUGGUUAAUGCUUUCUGCACUAUAGGAAUAGCAUAUCACACUAUUUUGGAAAAUUUAAUCAGAAUUUUUUUAAAAUCGCCAUUUUUGGAAAAUCUGAGGUCCGUCCAUCAUUGGAGGAGGUCAAGAUCAAACACGACUAUGAGCAUUUCACCUUCACUGUUUAGUUCUUCUGGCUCCCUUCUCUCCAUUCUCACACUUCUUCUAACAUUCACUCAUGGGAACACGAUGGAUAUAAAAGUUCUGCAAGUCGGACAGGAGCUAAUGAAGGAAACUCUUCCAUUACAGUCCGGAUCUAGACUAUAUGAACUGCAAGGGUUGAAUUCGAAUAAGUGGUAUGAAGUGAAGAUCUCAUAUCCUGCUUCUAUACCAGCGACUUUUACUUUACAACUAAGUAAAGGAAGUUCGGGGCUAAAUGGUGGUAGGAAGUUACUGAAUACUGAAAAGAUUAUUUUUCAAGCUGACAGUAUUCAAUUUCUUGGCGACAAGGGCGGAACAUCUGUCCUGGUAAAUGUUGAGCCUGAGGGAAUUGUUGCAAUACCUGGGGUAAAGGAGAGGAAGUACGUGAUAUAUAAUAUAGUAUGUGAUGAGCUACUCUUUGGUAUCCCUCACCAAGCAUGGUAUGUGGUAGUGUUGGUGGUGCUCUGCUUGGCACUAGCACUUGUAAUCCCCUCUUUCCUUCCGCCAUAUCUUCUACCAAGGAAUCAAGGGUUAAGUGCAGCUGGUCGUGGUAUGUCGAAGGACUCUUAACCAUGUUCUGGUAUUUGGCACCAGUUGGCAAUGGGUAGAGUGGGUCUUGAAGCUCAAAGUAUUAGAAAAUUUUUCUAACCUUUGUAAGCUAGUUUUCUUAAUUGCAAAUGAUUAAGAUAUGCAUGGUUACUCAAUGGAAUCCUUCACCCCCUCUCUUUCUCACUGUGUUCUAUUUUUCCUUCUCUUGACUGUAAACGUGGAUUUUGUUUUGUUCUAUCAUUUACUUGCUUAAACAAAGUCUCAACUUGCAAAGAUUUCA